GUCACGCGCUUGCGAGAUCGGAAUGGCAGCAGUCUCUAUAAGACGGUCUCCGCUCGAUGCCGCUGGAGUGGAGCAGGAGGAGGGAGGGAUCCAAUCCGGACGCGAAUGGCGGCGGCGUCUCCUUAGCGGUGCUGCUGUCUAUCUGCGUCGCCUAGCCCCCGAGCUCCGUUGGCAGCUAAAGAGAGGAAAUUGGUGCCAGGUGAAAUACAGAUUGUCGACAUGGCUGGGAAAAACUCGCAUUACAAUAGGAGGGCAUCAUCCUACUGCUCAUCAACAACCAUUGUGGUGUUUGUGGCCCUCUGUUUAGUUGUGGUAUGGAUGGUCGCAUCCUCAAACAUUGCCCCUGCAAAGUUGCCUUCCUCAGAGAUGAAAGAUAAGGUUCCAGGGGGUGGUACUAAUCCACCAAAAGGUGGUUCAGGUGAUAUAACUGAAGACUCAGUCAAAGAAGAGGCAAUCAAUGAUGACAAUGUAGUUCCGAGUAAAUCUGAUAUUGAGUUUGACAAAAUUUCUGAGGUGGCAGUGCAAACCAAAGAGAAAAAUCCUUCUAUGGGAGAUGAAGAAACUAAUGAAAACUCUGAUGCAUUAGAUAAGAAUGACAGUGAUGCAAAUGGGGAACAAGAUGUAGAAUCAAAUGAGAAGGGUGAAGAUGCAAAACAGGGACAUGAUACCAAUCAUGGUGAGACAGAUGGUGAGGGGAAAAAACAAAAGUCAGAGCAAGGUGUAAUAGAGGAAAAACUGGAUCGAAGCUCUAACGAAGACAAAGAUGACAAUCAAUCGAAGAACAAAGAUGAGCAUGAGGUUUUUCCAUCUGGGGCACAGUCGGAUAUUUUAAAUGAGACUGAUAUGCAGAAUGGGGCAUGGUCUACUCAAGCUGUAGAAUCAAAGGAUGAGAAGGAGAUGCAGGCUGCUUCUUCAUCCAAGGGCCAGAUUAUAGAGUACAGCUGGAAAUUGUGCCAUGUAAGUACUGGAGCAGAUUAUAUCCCUUGUCUCGACAAUGAAGCAGCUAUUAAGAAAUUACGUAGUACUAAACAUUAUCAACAUAGAGAGAGGCACUGCCCUGAUAAUGCUCUAACCUGCCUCGUUCCUCUUCCUGAUGGAUAUAAACAACCAAUUAAGUGGCCCAAGAGUAGGGAAAAGAUAUGGUACAGCAAUUCCCCCCAUACCCAGCUGGCAGAGGUAAAAGGACACCAGAACUGGGUGAAAGUUUCAGGAGAGUACCUCAACUUUCCAGGGGGAGGAACUCAGUUUAAACAAGGUGCCCUUCACUACAUUGAUGUCAUCCAAGAGGCAUUGCCUGAUAUUGCUUGGGGUAAACGUAGCCGUGUCAUAUUGGAUGUUGGAUGUGGAGUGGCUAGCUUUGGUGGCUAUCUCUUUGAGCGAGAUGUGUUAACCAUGUCAUUUGCACCCAAAGAUGAGCAUGAGGCACAGGUACAGUUUGCUUUAGAGAGAGGCAUUCCGGCAAUAUCAGCAGUCAUGGGAACCAAGAGGCUUCCAUUCCCAAGCAAGGUCUUUGAUGUAAUUCACUGCGCCCGCUGUCGAGUACCAUGGCACAUAGAAGGUGGUAUGCUUUUGCUGGAGUUGAAUAGAUUGCUGCGCCCUGGCGGUUAUUUUGUCUGGUCUGCAACUCCAGUUUAUCAAGACCUACCUGAAGAUGUUGAAAUUUGGCAAGCUAUGUCUUCCUUGACAAAAUCUAUGUGCUGGGAUAUAGUAGCAAAGAAAAAUGAUACACUAAACCAAGUAGGUUUUGUUAUCUUUAAAAAGCCUUCAAACAAUAAAUGCUAUGAAGAAAGAGCAGAAGAUGAACCCCCUCUAUGUCAGGAGUCUGAUAAUGCAGAUGCGGCCUGGAACGUUCCUUUACAAGCAUGCAUGCACACAUUGCCGGUUGAUUCGGCAGCUCGUGGCACAAUGUGGCCAGAACAAUGGCCAGAAAGGCUAACAAAGCCACCUUACUGGCUGAACGGGCCUCAGCUUGGAGUUUACAGUAAGCCAGCAGCCGAAGACUUUCAAGCUGACUAUGAGCAUUGGAAGCAAGUACUGAAUAAAUCUUACCUCAGCCGAAUUGGAAUCAACUGGCCAAAUGUGAGGAAUGUAAUGGAUAUGAGAUCCAUAUAUGGAGGUUUUGCGGCAGCUCUGCGGGACAUGAAGGUCUGGGUGAUGAAUAUUGUUCCAACUGAUUCACCAGACACACUUCCUAUUAUUUACGAGCGUGGACUGUUUGGGAUGUAUCACGACUGGUGUGAAUCAUUUAGCACCUAUCCAAGGACCUACGAUCUCCUGCAUGCAGACCAUCUAUUCUCGAAACUUAAGAAAAGGUGCCGACUGCUACCGGUAAUAGUCGAAGUCGAUAGGAUUCUGAGACCCAAAGGGAAGCUGAUAGUUAAGGACAAUGCCGAUACAAUUAGUGAGAUAGAGAACAUUGCAAAGUCACUUCACUGGGAGACAAUAGUAAUCUACUUAGAGGGUAAAGAAGGAUUGCUUUGUGUUCAGAAGACAAUGUGGAGACCCACAAGAUAAUGAAAUAAGUAUGUCACCAUUGUCUUAACACCUCAUGGCAAUUUUGUUUACUCGAUGUUCAAGUGCAGAAACUCUAUCAAUACAAACUCACUCCGAAAGAUAAUGUAUUAUUGGAUUGAUGAAGUCAUUCGUCCAUUCUUGCUGAUGAAGAUCAUUGUUGCAAAUCUCCUGGAGAGGUCUCCAUGGUUAUUUUAACAAAUCUAGCAAAUUGUCAAAAAAAAAUUCUUUUAUUUUUUCAGUUAAUUAUUUCAUAUGUAACCUCUGUAUCAGACAGAAAGCUUGUUGGAUUCUCAUUGAAUAAAUGAAGUAGGCAAACUUCUACCA